GUCAGACAGGUAAAGUAAUGACAAGUAUCAGGAAGAACGAUCCAUCGCAUAACAUGACAGGAAACAGAAGAGAAGAGCAUCUUUAGCUUUCCAACAUGAGCAGGCCUUACCAUCAAGGGUUCGGAGGUGCUACCGAAGUAAAUGAAAGGAGGAUUGUUCUAGUCGGGAAGACCGGAGUGGGAAAGAGCGCUGUAGGAAACACCAUCCUGGGGAGAGAAGCGUUUGAGUCUGAGCUGUCUCCGUCUUCCAUGACGUCUGAAUGUCAGAAGGCUAAGGGGGAUGUCGGUGGUCGGAAGGUCGCCAUCAUUGACACUCCGGGGCUGUUUGACACUAAUUUCACCAAAGAAGAAGUGUUGAAGAGGAUCAAAAUGUGCAUCUCUCUGUCUGCUCCUGGUCCUCACGCCUUCCUGGUGGUUCUCAAGCUGGGCAGGUUCACCCAGGAGGAGAAGGAAACCGUCCAGAUGAUUCAGACCACUUUUGGUGAAGAUGCAGCUAAAUACACCAUGGUGGUGUUCACACAUGGAGACCAGCUAAGGAGGCAAAGCAUUGAGGGCUAUAUUUCAGAGAAUUCUGACCUGCAAGCCAUCAUUCAGAAGUGCUCCAAUCGAUACCAUGUCCUUAACAACGAAAUCAAAGACAUUAAACAAACCAGUAAGCUUCUGGACAAAAUUGACAAGAUGUCUAUGGCCAACGGUGGAAGCUAUUACACCAAUGAAAUGUUCAUUAGAGCAGAGGCAGCCAUAGAAAAGGAGAAAAUGCGACUCCUGGCGGAGUUGGAAGCACAGAGGCAGAGAGAGCUGGAUGAACUGAGAGACAAAUGUGCGGAAGAGGCCUACCGUAAGGAGGAGAUCCGGGUGAAUACAAGAUACAUGCAUGAAGCCAGAGCUCAAGCUGAAAGAUCCAAUGACUUCAUCGCUGCUCCGGUAAUUGCUAUAGCAACAGGCUGUGGUGCUGCUGUCGGAGGUCUGCUUGGAGUUGCUGGAGGUCCAAUUGGUAUAGCAGUAGGAGUCGCAGCUGGAGCAGCUGUUGGAGCAGCCAUCGGUGCCAUAUCAGUGAAAGUUUCAGAGCAUUGCCAUGUGCGAUCCCGGAAGCAGAAGAAAAGUAAUGAACUCAGAAUCAUUUUGGUGGGGAAGACAGGAGCAGGGAAGAGCGCAGCAGGAAACACCAUCUUGGGGAGACAAGCAUUUGAGUCUGAACUGUGUUCUUCUUCCUGGACAACCCAAUGCAAGAGAGCUGAGGGAGAAGUUGGAGGCCGAACGGUCGCCGUCAUUGACACUCCGGGGCUGUUUGACACUAAUUUCACCCAAGAAGAAGUUUUGAAGAAGAUCAAGCUGUGCAUGUCUCUGUCUGCUCCUGGUCCUCACGCCUUCCUGGUGGUUCUCCAGCUGGGCAGGUUCACCCAGGAGGAGAAGGAAACCGUCCAGAUGAUUCAGACCACUUUUGGUGAAGAUGCAGCUAAAUACACCAUGGUGGUGUUCACACAUGGAGACAAGCUAAAGAAACAAACAAUUGAAAGCUUUGUAUCAAAGAGCGAAGAACUCACAGAGCUCAUUCAGGUAUGCUACGGGAGAUAUCACGUCCUCAACAACCGAGACAACGACCAGGUACAGUCUGAUCAGCUCCUGGAGAAAAUUGUCAGAAUGACACUAGAGAAUGGUGGAGGCCACUACACCACAAAAAUGUUCAGAAAAGCAAAAAAGGCCUCAAAGAAAGAAAAACAAAGACUUUCAAAGGAAGUGAAGGCAGUAGAGCAGCAGAGGCGGAGCACCCUGAAGGCUGAAGUUAAGAGAGAAAUGAAUUUAACAGGAGGGUCAACGAAACAUGGCAAAUGUCUCCUGCAGUAGGAGAUGGAGGAAUUCAGACGCAUGAACUUUGCAUGUGUCACUUUCCACAUUGAUGUGGCAUUUAUUGUGCAGGAUAUCUUCUAGUUAGUAUACUGUAACCACCCAUUUAUUGAGUAUGUAGGAUUUUCUCAGUUUUCAAAAAUAGGCUACAAAACAUUAAAUAAUAUAAUACAGCCAGCUUAUUUUAUGAUCUGGGUGAAUCCUCAGUUCUGAUUGGCUGCAGGGGGUUCCCUAAAAUGUGGUAUAGGACACCUACUUAGUAGCUCUACUUACCUGCUGAAACUAUCCUAAAGGAAUUGUAGACUUUUGUCAAUGAAUGUCCUAAAUAAACGAUAAAACUAAAAUGUAAAAUCUGAAUCUCUUUUUUAAUGACACUUCGUCCUCUAAACAUUACAGGAUGGUGUUGUUGUGAGCUUCUUUUUUAAUCUUUCUACUCUCAUGUCAUCUAAGUGACUGGAGCGAUU